AUGUCCGCCCCUCUCCAACAGCGCCCCAGGGCGGCUCUGCAGCCCAGUGAUGUUCUCGUGGCCAUCCAUGACUUCGAUGCAAGAAGCGCCGAUGAGUUGACCCUCCGGAAAACCGACCAAAUCGAGUUGGUCGAGUUGGAUGAUGGCUUCGGUGAUGGUUGGUAUCUUGGGACACAUCUUGGUACAGGAACGACGGGACUGUUUCCUGGAGUGUAUACCGCCAAGCUUCCUCCAAACUUCGCGCCUGUGGGCGCUCCAGCCGUUAGAAGCCCUCAAUUGCUUGCGAGGCCACUCACUGAGCCAAAGAGCGAGCCACUCAAACAAGCCAGUCCGACCACUGACAUCGCUGCCUACCGAACACUUUCCUCGUCCCCACCGCCACAGUCUACUCUGCCUCUGCGAAACUCUGUGCCGUCUUCUCCCACCUCAUAUAUUCAUCGAAGCAUCAGUCAGGCUCUAUCAAGUCGGGGAAGUGGGGAGGAAAGUCCAGUUAUGAACGAGACAUUAAGCGUUAUAAAUGAACACAUUACGGACCUGAGCACGCCACGGCAGAGUCUAGCCCCGCCACAGCCUCUGACUGAGGAUUCUGAGAGUGAGUAUAGCAGCAGCCAUGUCGACCGAGGCUCUUAUGUCGCCGGCCCAGAAACCGAUAGCGAGGAUAUCCCGCGCCCAACGGAAGCUGACGUCAAGCAGUGGGAUGCCAAAGAGACGGCCGAUUACCUGAGAGGCCUAGGUGUCGACUCAAAACAUUGUGACAUAUUUGAGGAACAGGAAAUCACUGGCGACGUCUUGUUAGAAAUGGACCAGUCCUUCAUUCACAUGAAGGAAUUCGAUUUUGGUCUGAUGGGCCGCCGUCUGAAGACCUGGCACAAGGUUCGAGACUUUCAGAAUCAGAUCCGAAAUGGCACAGCGUCGCGCAAGAGCAGCCUCAGGCCAAACGGCCCAAACGAAGAUGUCGCCCGAGUCCAAGUACGAGGGACCACGAUAUUGCCACGGAUCCCUAGUCUGAUGGAAGAACCGAGACUCUCUAUCCGCCAGACGCAGCACGCUUACCCAUAUGUCCAUUUAUCUACCUCACCGCCACCUUCCGAACAGCUCAUGUCGCCAUCCUCGUUUACCCGGCCCCAGCUCGGACGAAGCACCCCCCCCUCGCCGUGGAGGGCUUCGAUGGCUACUGAAUCGCCUACACGACGGUCGGCCUCUUCAAUACGAGAAUCGACCCACUCUCGCCGUCAUUCCUCGAUCGAUUUCGCAAAGCCGGGGCUUCAAGAGCCCUCUGCGCCUGUCGGGGCCACCAGUCUCUCUCCCCCACAUAAGAAAAAUGCAUCGUUCGAUAGAGACUGGUCAAUGAGCAACGCAACCACGGCAAACACUAGCGGAAGCUCCCCAUCGCUCAGACUACACAUCAGCAAUCAGACAGCAAGCGUUGAUCUGGCUGCAGACCCCGGUUUCAACAGCGAGCUUUCGACUUUCGAUCUGGACCGGGGCUAUUUUAGCGGAAAUGAGGUCGACAAUAGAAGGGCGAGGAAUUUGCUAAAGAAGCGAGGAGGCGUGGAAAGUGUAAGCCAUUCCCGCCAAUCAAGCGUGCUCGAUGACUCGUCUAAGGAUGGCCUCGGCAUGAAACGACACUCGCGACUCAGCAGUGUUGAUUCCAUCAGGGGUGCCGCUUCUAUCUCUUCAGCCGCAAAGGCAUAUCACAGUAGAUCAUAUAAAGGACGGUUUCGUUCUGCGAGUGCGAGGAAUCUGACGGUGCAACGCUCGCCAAUUGCGCAGUCUCCCACGGUGACGAAUCUGGAGGAUGACAGUCUAUCAGCUCUAUCCUCACCAAAGGCUGUUAGCGGUUCGGCGUCCCCCGCCGCCAGGGGCCCAGUCCCCUGGACAUCAUCCACAAAGGCGCGGAAGCUGUUGGGUAUGCGAGCGGCAUCUGAGGCUGUUACCGGAACUGAAAAAGAAACUGCCAGUUCGUCAAACAUUACAUCCGACCCAGUAAGGGAGAGCCCUACGGCAUCACCUUCUGGGUCACAAACUCCUUCUGCGACGUCGCGCAGCUUCGAAAUGGACAAUACGGACACGUCUUCGAAAGGUACAACGGAACAGCUGGGCCCGUUAUUGCAUACGAAAACGCCCGUGCGUACUAAUCCCAAGACCAAGCGACAAACGAGCGCCUACACAAGAGGCUUGCUACAAAUAUCGCCUGCGGAAGCACGGAAGCACUGUGACCAUUAUGGUUGGAUGAAGAAAAGAUCUAGCGGCAUUGUGGCACAGUGGAAACCCAGGCUGUUCAUCCUCAGAGGCCGUCGGUUGUCAUACUAUUAUUCAGAGAACGACACUGAGGAAAAAGGCAUUAUCGAUAUAUCAGGGCAUAAGGUUCUUGUCACUAACGCCGACCCCAUCACGUCAUUUCAAGUCUCCAUAACUGGAACAAAAUCUACCCCUUCCAUCGGUGCUACCGGAUCGUCCACCGAGACUUCUCCGAGUGUCACGCGAAACACGAGUGGAGGGUCACCCUUCUAUUUCAAGCUCGUACCUCCCAAAGCAGGCUCUUCGAGAGCGGUGCAGUUCACCAAACCUACGAUUCACGUUUUCCAGGUUGAGAACAUCACCGCUGGAAGGAAAUGGAUGGCCGAGAUUUUGAAAGCCACCAUCGAACAUGACCUAGCAAACUUCGAGACGACAAACCGGCAGAAGACUAUCAGCUUGGCUAAAGCCCGAGCAAGAAAAGAACGCCCCCCGGCCCUGAAAGGCACAGAAGAUAUAGCCGAAUUGGCUGAAAAGCCAACGCCCCAGGAAGAGAAGGGUGAGCAAGACAGUGGUUUGAAUAUAAAAGGGCUGGAAUUCAACGAGUUGGACAUGAAUCUUGAAAUUAGCACAGGCCUGACAAGCGGGACAACAGCACGUCCCGAGGACGACGCGGAACGGAAAAUACAGACAUGA